UAACAUUAAAUAAUGUAAAAAUUGUGAGAAGAAAUGAAAUGUAAGGUGGUCUGGCCUACCAGGGAACUUACUUGGAAGUAAAGUUAAAUACAGGUGAUGAAUUUCAUCAUGACAUUGGCAGCACAGAAACAUGGGACCUGCGGUUUCAACUGCUCUGGAAUGGCAGGGAGAAAGUCUCUCUUUGAAGUGCAUCUGUUUGUAUCUUCCUUCCAGAGAGGCUGAAGGUAGUUUUAAAAUAGGCUGGUGUAAACAUCCUGGACUUUAUGCAGUAACAAGUUUAUUUAGGAGGGACGUUAUGCUCAGGUUCAUGUUCUCAAAAGAAGGGAAGCAUGUAGCCUUCUCUCUGCAAAUCAAUAUGUUAUUUGCUGUUUGGCAACUUUUUUAGCUUCAGGAAAACCCAAAGAAUACAGGGCUGUUACAGAUGGGCCAUUGUUUUAUAAUUUUGCUUCCAAUGUCAUCUUCCAAGUUGAGUAAAAAUUAUCUAACAAUGUGAGGGCAGUCUUGUUGUGGUAUUUGUUACCCCAUUGAUAAUCAGGGUUGAUUCAGCUUUUGUCAGGGUCAGUCUCGCUUCGCAAUAAGACACAGACUCACUUAUUGGGUAUUAAGGAUUUCUGGUUUAUUGGAAUGAUGGCUGACAGAAGGAAAAACGGGAACGGGGGUUGUGGUGUGGAGGUGCCCCUUUUAUACCCUCUCGUAGGGCCCCGGGCUCCUCCACCCUUCAUUGUCCCAAUCCCUCUUGAUGGGACCCUUGAUGGCUGCAUGGGCGUUUUCCCGGUGUCUUCCUUUGUCCCCUUGAUUCUGGUGUGUCCUCCAGGGCACCAGGUGCGGCUUAUCUCUGCUCGUCCAAUGUCCUCCUUUUCAGCCGUCUAUGGGUCCAUGGGUGUGGGUGCUUUGGGUGCUUGUUUUAAUCCCUGGUUUAAUUAUCUUCUUCCUCCAUUCCUUAAUGAUCAUGAUCUACGUUGUGAGGCUCUUUUGUGCCUUGCAACGAGGUCAUGACAGCUUUUAAUGGUAAACUUGUCCCUAAUGUCUCAGCGCUCUAAGUGGGUGCUUCUGCUUGCUUCUUAGCAAUUCAUGCACUCUGGUGUGAAUUUUGAUUUAUUUUUAAAUGAAUUGUAUUUUUGUUACUGAUUAAUAAUAUUUUAGACAAAAAUUGACACUCUUGCCUAAUGAUUUCUACCAAAAAAGUCGUCUUCUUCUAAGAGUCAUUACCUUGGGCAAGUAUAUGUUUGGGAACACACAUUUAAGGUAACAUGUAGAUUUGCUUUAGAGAGCGUUUGGUGUAGUGGUUAAGGCAUCAGGCUAGAAACCAGGACACUGUGAGUACUGGUCCCACCUUAGGCACAAAGCCAGCUGGGUGACCCUGGGCCAGCCACUCUCUCUCAGCCCUGGGAAGGAGGCAAUGGCAAACCACCUAUGAAAUCUUGCCAAGAAAACUGCAGGGAACUAGUCUAGGCAGUCUCUGAGAAUUGGACACGAUUGAACGGCAGAAAAAAAAAGAAUUGCUUUAAGAUGAGAUAAUUAAUGUAGUAAAAUAUAGGAAUGGGGAACCUUGGGUUAUGCAAUGAUAUUGAACAGCAUAAUAAUGAAGAAGCUGGAUGGUGUAGUUAAACAGUAUUGGGCCAUCUAUAUAUUUCAGACGAAGACCAAGGAAAAUUAAUGUCCCUGAGCCAUGAAAUUCCCUGGGUGAUGCUGCCUCUCUUCUUCGAAAAAACCUCACAGAGUGGUUGCAAACAUACAAAUACACAUUCCCUUUAGCUUAGAGAAAAGGUAGAUUAUAUGUGGGCUCAAGAAGACUCCCAGUUAAUACUUCUGAUCAAGAGGACUUCUACAACUAGACAUUUCCUAAAUAAAAAUCCCCUUGAUCUGAAGAUAGUGUUAACUGGGAAUAGGGAUCUGUAAAGCCGUUGGUGCAUGAACCAUUCUUUACACACAGCAACUGAGUUUGGGUGGUUUGUGUCUGACCUGAACAUAUGUGUUUGGCCCAGAUACCAAAAUGGGCUCUUUUGUCCUGGAUUAUGGACUAAAAGCAGAAAAGCAGGAAAAAGCCAAGGACAUGGGGAGGGGGGAGGCAGCAGAGAGAAAACCUUUGUAAAAUCAAAGGGGGGCAGCUGGCCAGUGGCUAUCGCCCUGGGGGUUGCUGUGUGGAGAGAGGUGGUGAUGUACCCCAGUUUUGCCUUGUCUUCCCUGAAGAGUCUCCAGGCCCUGUGCAGAUUUUGUAUUGGAUGGACCAUCCAAAAUAGCAUUACCAGAAUUUCAGGGAAGUGUUCUUUUUCCCCAGCUGAACUGAAUGUGUAAUGUACAGUAUUUUUCUUUUCUUUCCCCUUUUUUUUGCACUCCCUAAUUGGGAGCCUUUUCCUGCAGCCAGCUAGGUGGCAGCAUCUAGCUGUCCUGGAGUGCUCUCAAAAAAUCAGGCAGCUUUGGACAUGUCUGUUACUUGGAUGGAAGAAUCCAUCCCGGGACUGCAGCACCUUGCUGACUUUGUGGGAUUUGGAGGCUGAGCAGGGCCAGGUUUGCUUUGCAUUUGGCUAGGGCAUCUCCAGGGGAUAGCAGGGCUGUAUGUUAAGAGUGGGAAGUCGGGCUAUAAGCAACUUCCAUGCUAUUGCCAGGAAAAUCUCAGGUCUGGGUCCACCAGGAGCCAAGCUUGAUGUGGAGAUAAUCUUUUUCUCCCCACCAUAAUAAUGAUAAUAAUGAUAAUGAUAAUAAUAUAUUUUUUCCCACCUAAAUCUCUUCCCAAUAGUAAAUUAUUUCUGAAAUGCCUUUUUAAAAUAAUGCCACAGGUUUCUGUUCUGAGAGGGUGCAGUAGAUGUGUCUGCAAAUCUGACAUGCAUGAAAGCAACUUGUUUACAAGAAAGACUGGAGAACAGAAAGUUUUGCAGGCCUCAGCUCAAGGAGCUCUCCAGGCUUACUAUCUAGCACUUGCUGUCUCCAUGGUUACAAAACACAAGAUCAUGGGAAGGAAACAACCUUACCCCCCCCAUUUCCCCCCACGAUGCAGUGAUGUCACCAAUAGCCAAUCCUGCCACUAUGGCUGUUUCAUAACAGCAAACACUAGAAUCUGUGUGAGCACAGGAGCUGCCAAGAAAACAUGCUUGAAUAGUCUCACCCUGUUGGCUGUUUGGGCAGGAGAGGGAGGAUGAGUGUUUUGGGCAAUGGAAAAUGUCAGCAAGCUUUCAGGUUCCUAAGAGAAGAGUUUAACUGUUCUCUUUGACAUGAAUGUUCACCCACUCGCCUCCUGUGCACCAUUAGUGGGGAAAGCAUCAAAGCCCACGCUGGGCAAUAAACUCAUUCUGGGAAACUAAUCAGCUAUCAUCCAUUUCAUGCUCUCUUCUUGCCUUUUAUGAGCUCUUCUAGGAGGAAUGGGACUUGAAUGAUCACUCAUUCUGCAAAACCAAGCAAGUAACUGAUGGAAAACAAAGCACUUGCAGUGGCAGCAGUAGUUUGGCAAGAGAACAGGAGAGCAAGACUCAGGACUUUGAAAAAGACAGCCAUGAAGUCAGAAGACAAGCCAUUCUUGCAUGUGACUGGAGGCCUGCUGCUUUGCCUACUAGCAGUGGCUUCAGGAAUGUUUGAGUGUGUUCACACAGACAUUGGCUACGAGCAUUACGCUGAACCAACAGUGGCUGGAAUGCCAGCUUUCCUAGCUAUGCCAGCAAAUUGCUUAAUCAACUUGGCCUACAUACUUCUGGGUUGGUAUUGGUGGCCACCAGGGGAGAAGAACAGGCAGACCUGCUACUUUCAGGAGGUCUUUGCCCUCAUGGCACUUGCGUAUGGGCCUACGCAAUGGGUCCGGCUGUGGACGCAGCAUCAUUGGGCAGCUGUGUUAGAUCAGUGGUUAACACUACCAAUUUUUGCUUGGGUUAUUGUUUGGUGCCUUUUUCUUGAAUAUGGGUGGAAACCGUAUGUUUUUCUAGUCACUGAAGCGGCUUCACUGACUAGCUAUGUUCUGGCAUUGCUUCACCCACAAGGCUUUGAGUUGGCAUUGGGUGGACAUAUAUUUGUUGUUUUUUGGAGAGUACUGAAAGUGCAGAGACAUUUGGGUAAUGCCAGAUCCACCUGGAUUAUAGUACUGGGGAUGAUCUCUUGCUUGGGUUUUAUAAGCCUCAAGGUGUGGGAUCGGGAACUGGCCCAGUGGGCACUCUUCUCUCAACUCACUGGUCAUUUUUGGUCCAAGAUAUGUGAUGUGUUGCAGUUCCAUUGUGCUUUUCUCUUCCUUACCCUACUGAGUGGUCACAGGUUAAGCUCUCAGUGAAUUAAUUUACAAUCUUAAUGAACAUUUUAAUGAGAAUCUUACUAUAACAAUACAGGAACAUAACAUGGUUUGGAAGAUUAAAAAAGUCUGCUGAAAAUAUGCUGAUUCCUCCAAAAAGCUAUUGAAGAUAGUUGGUGAAAUCUACAGAGUGUCAUUUGGUUUAUAUCCUGUUGAAGAUAAUGCUGUUUUAUAAAACCACAUAGGAGAGGAAAGAAAAAACCAUUGGUUUAUAUAUGUCUCUGUAGAAGCUAGGCAUAGCUCCAAUUAGUGAAGUACUUUCAGCCAAUACUAGGAAGGUGGUGUUAGUGUUUCCAAGAGGCACUAUCUGCAUAGAGAUUCUACCAUGGCAGUUAGGUGAUGGCUAACACUGUAGGUUGCUGUUGACAUAAUUCCAUACAAACACACUAAGGAAUAGGACCAUCACAUUUGAAGCACAGCUUGUUACAGACAGGCAGGUGCUAUUCAGGUGGCAGCAGUAUCAUUUUUAAGGUGGGCUGGAGCAGAUGAACACCUUGGGAGUGCCUUGGCCUACCUGUUCAGUCAAAUAACAGUAAGGUAGUGGUAGAGCACAUACUUUGCAUGUAAAGAUUCAGUCCAUGGAAUCUCUAGGUCCACGUGGGGAAAGACUUGUCUGAAUCUAGGAGAGCUGCUCCAGAUAGCACGAUUUGAACUAAGGGGAUUAAUAGGCACUUGAUGAAGUAAUUUUCCUUUUAAUCUGAACAGCUGCCUUUACAAGGCCACUGUACCCCAGCUGUUUUCUUGCUUAAGGCCUGUGCAGACAUAAUAGUGAUUUCCUGAGCACACUGUAAGUCAGCUACAGGAAUAUAUACUUCUAAUUUCUUCUAGGAGCUUAGGAUAGGGUACAUGGCACUUCCCGUUCCAUUUUCCCCAACCCCCCGCAAUGUUGGUGACGGGAUGUAGUUUGGGCUGAGACAGAUAGGCCAAAGCCACACUGAGCUUCCAUGGCUAAGAAUGAAUUUGAACCUUGAUCUCCUUGAUCCUUUGUCCAAAGUUUUAACACUUUUCCUGGCAUAAUCUCUCCUCCCUUCAUGGUGAUAAGUAAUUAUUUAGCAUUAUUAAGAUUUAGCAUAGAAUCUUAAUCUAACCUCUUAAAAUCAUGCUAAAAUCAUGCUACACAAUAUUUCAAACCAGUGUCUUAAAAGAAUAGUUUUAAGCCACAUUUUGGUUUCAAACCAUUACAUAUGUCAGUAGUUUUGAACAGAAACAUUGUAGUUAAGGAUGCUACUGUACUGUUGAAGUACAUUGCUAAAACAUGGAAUCUGUCAUCUCAUGGCUCUAUCACAGCUGCAGCAUAGCAAAAAAAUUAUGUAAACCGACAGAAACCUACCCUCCUGACUUUAAGGAAUGGAUUCAGGAAAUGAGUCUGCUACCUAUUUUUGAAAAGUCUGUUUUAAAAAUGAGAUAGAGUAUGUUUCUAUAUGGACAGGUUUAAUGAUAAGCUUAAGUACUGAAUUAUUUUUGUAUUGAUGCUAACGGACAUUAUAUGGGUCUUUUCUUUCUGUUUUUUUCCUCUUCCUUUUUAUGUUUAUUAUAAUCACUACAUCUAGGGUUUUUUUUAAUUUUUUCCCCUUCAC